UCCGUCGCGCCGUUUGUUCCGCUUCUCUCCGGCCGCCGUAACGGAACCCCUCCGUGCUUCAGCUUGAGUUAAUCAUGUCUCAUUAACGGUUUGAUCCGGUAGUUUGGAGAAGCAAGAGUUAAAUUAAUUGUACAAAUGGAGGCUGUGAGCAAGUGGACCCCGCAACAAGUGGCGGACUGGAUGAGAGGUCUGGACGACAGCCUGCAGCAGUACAUCCCGUCCUUCCAGCUGCAGCAAGUGGACGGGGAGAAGCUGCUGAGGAUGUCCCACCAGGAGCUGCUGUCUCUGGGCGUGACGCGGGUCGGUCACCAGGAGCUGGUGCUGGAGGCCGUGGAUCUGCUCUGCGCCCUGAACUAUGGUGUGGAGUCAGACAACCUAAAGACUCUGGUGGGGAAGAUGAGAGCGGCGCACCACAGCCUGAGCAGCGCCGUGUCGCAGCGCAGGAAGAACCCGGCCUACCACAGCAAAAUCUCCCAUCAGCCCUCCAACGAAUUCCUGACCGCCGUGGUCGAGCUGAUCGGAGCCGCCAAGAGUCUGCUGGCCUGGCUGGACAGGACUCCUCUGACGAGCGCCAACGACUUCACCUCCACGAAAAGCAGAAUCAUCCAGCUGUGUCUGGAGCUCACCUCCACCGUCCAGAAGGACUGCACUGUUUAUGAGAUUGAGGAGAAGAUUCUGGAAGUGUCCAGAGCUCUGAACAGCAUCUGUGAGAAGACAGUCCAGGCGACCUCUGACCCCUUAAAGAGUGACUUGGCCUGCCUGGAGGAGGUGCACAUCACCAACAUCAAGCCCGGCGAAGGACUGGGUAUAUACAUCAAAUCCACCUACGACGGGCUUCACGUCAUCACAGGGACAACAGAGAAUUCUCCUGCAGAUAAAACCCAGAGGAUUCAUGCUGGAGAUGAAGUCAUUCAGGUCAACAAGCAGACAGUGGUGGGCUGGCAGUUGAAGCACCUGGUGGAGAAGCUGAGGGCGGAGUCGGGAGGCGUCGUCAUGGUGGUGAAGAAGAGGCCGACGGGAACGGCCGGCGGCUUUGCGCCCGCCCCGCUGAAAAACCUGCGCUGGAGGCCGCCGCGCGUGCAGACCUCUCAGGGAGCUCCGGCUCUCUACAGAUCUCGAGAGACGGAAACCUCGGAUGCUCCUGGGAACAGAGGGAAGGCGGCCAUAUUGGAUUUUUACGUCCCCCCUCCCCCCGCAGCACCUUACGUUCCGCUAGACGCGAACAUGAACGUGUCUCCAGGUGUGAAAAUGAGGCCCAAGUCUCCGAACUCGUGUCUGGACGCAGACGCUCGGCGACGUCUCACUGUAACCAAGGACAACAGGACGUCUGUCAACCCCCCACCUGAACCCAACCAACCGGUCCCUGUAUGCCUCCGACAGCGCUCCUCUGCACGCUGUAAACCUCGACCCGUCUCCAUGCCGGUGGAGUCGUUUUCGGCUGUGUGCGACACGUCCUCCAGGCCCGCGGCUCAGGGGAGGAAAGGGCACGGCGCUCUGCACAGAUAUCUGAGUAACGAGGGAAUCAGCACCAUCACAGAGGAGCCAUGUUUCCCUCUGCCGUACCGAGGACACCCGUCCGUCCGCGGGGUCGACCACAUCAGGGGCAGCCAGUGCUUCAUCAACGCCGACCUGCACAACAGCGCCACCAUCCCUUACCAGGAAGCGGCGUCCAAAAAGCCCGCUGCGUCCGGCUCCGCUGCUGUUUCUCCUCCUCUGGCUGUAACCAAACAGUCGACGUCGCUGCUCGGAGGCUGGCUGGCUCGUCUCAGGCUGCUCAGCCACUGGCCUCCUCCGGUCUCAGAGGCUGUGUUCAGUCCUGGUCCUGCUGCGUUCACUGACAGGCGGCUGAGCACUGUGAACACCAACAAUCCCCCGGUGCUCCGAGCUAACGGGGCCACCAGCUGCACGGCUAAGUCGACCGCAGCCAUGAGUCGGCGGCGAGUUUCGGUCAAGGAUCUGGGCGUGGUGGACUGUCAGGGCUGGCUCCUCCGCAGGAAGGAGAGUCACAGCUUCCUGGGAAGCAAAUGGAAGAGAUACUGGUUUGUCCUGAAGAGGAGUUCUCUGUACUGGUACGCCAACAAGACGGCUGAGAAAGCAGAAGGAUUCAUCAACCUGUCCGGCUUCACCGUCGAGCAGGCCAAACAGUGCAGGAAGAAACAUGCCAUAACGGCCAGUCAUCCUCUGGUCGUGACCAUUUUCAUCGCUGCUGAGAGCUUCACAGACAUGAAUAAGUGGAUCAGCAAACUGUCGGAAGCGGCCGAGCCAUGUGAGCUGGUCAAGACUGAAGAUUUUCUUCCCUUCGUUCCGUGUCAUUGCUCUUCCCAUUUUCUUAUCCUUCUUCCACUCUUUUAUCCCCACCCUCUCUCCUGUGCCCCCUCUUCCUCCAUCGUUCCUCACUUCUUCACUUGUUUCCUCUUCCUGUGUGCAGAGUGCUACAGUGAGAGCAGCGACCAGGAGGACGACAGUGUGUCGACUUCCUGUUCUCCGGACCCCAAACAGGAAGCGGCAGAAUCGGAAAAUGGCGACCCUCUCAGCGGAAGCGCCUCGGAGGGUGCACCUUUGAGUAGAAACAGAAGAAGAACGGCCUCAGAGGGAGGUCAACACCCGUCCUGGCUGGACCUCCCAGAACAAGAUGGAGCUGACGGAGGUGUCUCUCUCCCUGUGCUCCAUGUUGGAGAAGAAAGAGAAAAUGUGGGCGUCAAUGAGAAGCCCUCUGACGAGAUGGAGUGCCUCUACAAGCACCUGAAGGCAGCCAGCUUGUCUCCUAUUGGACAGUCCAGCCGGAGGGACUUCAGGGCGUCGUUCAUCAGGCGAUGUCACAACGACGUGGUCAACGAAAAGCUUCACCUGCUCAGGAUCCUCAGAAGCACAUUAAAGGCCAAAGAGUUGGAGCUGCAGGCGGUGGAGCAGAUCACGACCCACCCGGCUCUCACAGCGCCCCUAUACAGGAAGUGGAGACUGUCCAACUCCGUGUUGCUGCAGGAGAUCGUUCAACAAAACCAGGCAGCAGGGGGCGCUGCAGAGCUCAGGCCUCCUGAGACCUCAGCUGUGUGAGCAGAGACUGGCAUGAAAGCCACAUGACAGAGCAGAAGCCCCAUCUUCCACUGGUGUUUCCAUCCACACUGAAGCACUGCAGCGCCACCAUGUGGCAACAAGUGGGACAGAGAGCAAGUCACUGUGCUGGACCUCACUGGGUGAAGUGGGCCCAAGCAAUGGUUCUCGAAUGCCCUUCAGAUGGCAGUGGUGGAAGCACAUUUACUCAAGUACUGUUUGAGGUACUUGUACUCAUGGACGGCUCCACACUGGGGCUAGAGGGUGCCAUAGCCCCGUCAAAAAAUCUGUUUAGCCCCAGUUAAGCCCCUCCAGAAUUUUAUUUCAUAUUAUAAUACAUGUAUAUUAAGUAAAAAAACAAUUUCAAUAAUUUCAUUGUAUAUUUUAAUAUUUAUUUUAAGUUAAAAAAACAUUAAAAAAUUCACGAGUUCCAAUCCAUCCCCGCUUGCCUGUUUCCCAUUGAUUAGUGUAGCCCAGAGUGUAGCCUAUGUGUGUGUGUGUGUGUGUGUGAGGGGAAAGGGGGGGCGUGUUUUGUCACCAUGGAUACACAUGCGUUCAGCUAGACUGGCUAGCUAGUCCGCUGCCUGCAUUUUGCAGCCUUAUUAAUUUCACUGUUAUUUCAUCUCUUAUGAUGUUGUGAUCAAAGACAACAUUGCCAACGCAUAGUUGUUCGUUUUCAAGUGCUAUGGAAUUAAUACAUUUGUCGCAUUUUGGGUAUUGUCUGGUUAUUGGCAGGCGCAUGGUCGCUGUUCGGUGCUGAGUCUGUCACUUUUGUACGUGAAACAUUUUAGCCAUUGCUUUAUUGUGGUUGCUUGUAUGAGGCUUAGUUAUUUUAUUGAAUAGUCUUUGGCCAAAUUCAAUUAAAAAAUACUCGAGUAUGCUUGUGCUGUGUAUAAUAUAGCUGCUUUUAUUGAAAAAACGAGAACCUCUUUAUAAAGUUACCAAUCAUGAAAAUCGAUUAUUUUCUUAGCACCCUCACGUAUUGGUUAAGCCCCCCCUUAGCACCGGUAGAAAAAAAAUCCUGGCGCCGUCCAUGCUUGUACUUUAUUGGUUUCUAUUUUAUGAUACUUUAUGCUUUUACUCCACUACAUUUUGGAGGCAAAUAUUGUACUUUUUACUCCACUACACUUAUUUGUCAGUUUUAGUUACUUUGCAGAUUUAUAUAAUUAAUAAAAAAGUUUAAAUGAUGUUAUUACACGUUAAGCUACCCGGCAGUAUAUUGAGCAGUUAGAUUUAGCUUCUUGUUUACCAGCUGCCGCAUUAAAGUGAUGAACACAUAAUGAAUCACUAAUUAUCAUCCAGUAAUGUCACACAUAUGAUUCUGAAAUGUUCUGCACUAUGAGUACUUCUAUUUUUGGUACUUUAAGUAUAUUUUUAAUAUAUUUGUACUUUUACGUAAGUGAAGAGUUUGAAUGCAGGACUUCUACUUGUAACAGAGUAUUUUUACACAGUAAUAUUGAUACUUUUUACACUUUUAAGUAAACAAUGUUCUUCCACCACUGCCAGACGGUUUAGGGAAUAAACCUCCAGCCUGUCGUCUCAUUUGCUUCAGAUUCUUUAAUUUGACAUAUUUUUCUGUUUUUACGAUCAAAGUUUUCUAUUUUAUACUCAAGAUAUCUGCCAACAGGAUGAAUUUGGGUUUGGGGGGGUCUAAGUCAUAUAAAACUGUUGGUUGAAAGGCAGUGAAAAGCUGCUUAAACCAACAGUUUGGUCUGAAACAGAUUUAAAAUUCAAUCCAGUUUUAAAGUAAAUACCUUGAGAUCUUUUAAUCUGCAGAAUAUCAACUCCAUACACACAUUACUGGCAUUUCUGCUGAACAGCAUCCAGCCCUGUGUGUGUGUGUGUUUACAUCAUGACUUGUGAAGACAUUUCCUCGUCCAGACUGUUUUUCAGGUUUAUCCACUCCGGACAAACAACACUUUUCUGUUUGAAAAUGUUUCUGAGUGUUGAUGGAAGCUCGAACGGAGCAGUUCAAUAGAUGUGUGGAAGGUUUAAUGAGGAAGGGUCUGCUAAUGCUUCAGGGUGAUGUGACUGAGCUGGGGGAGAUAAACACCGGGCACUAACACUGGGGAGGUCUGAAGAGGCUGCAACACCCUCUAAAAAAACCAUCAGAACUUAGAAUGACUUUUUAAAAUGGCAUUUUCUGUAUUUGUGUUGUGCACUAGUAUUUGUGGUAGUUUGUCAUUAUGAACGAGUCUGUGAUAUGGAAACAACAUCAUUUCCUCAGUACUGAGUUCAUCAUGAUGUAACGGGAGUGUUGAUGUGUGUGAUUGUAAAGCACUUUGAAAUGUAUCACAAAGUGCAUACAAAUAAAGUUAUUUCCAGUUCA